AUGACGGAUAUUGUCUCCCGCGUGGAGAGGCUACAACACAGAAUCAACAUCAAACGAGAUGAAGUACAGCGCCAUUUGGAGGCUUCCUUCUACCGUCAAUGCCGCAGUGUCCUCCGCGCCGUGAUGAAGCACGAUGAAAACGGCGUCUUCGCCUCUAAUCCUGCCGCGCUACCAGACUACGUGCUGAUGGUUUCGCGACCAAUGUAUUGGAAGCUCAUUUCUCGGCGCCUUGACAACUACGGAUACGCCAACAAGAUGGAGUUUGUGCAUGACAUGAGGCUUGUGAUAGACAACUGCUAUGCGUACAAUGUUGACGACUCCCCAGUGUUAGCUUUGGGGCGGCGCCUGGAGGUGGUGAUGGAGGAUCUCUUCGUCACGGAGCUUGCCGUCGCGCCGCCAGACGCAAGAGAGAUCAUAACGCUUGGCAGGGGUGUGACGCAUGCGCAGGCCCGGCAGCUGUGGGAUCUUGUCUGCCGCUACGAGGGUCAGGGACAGGGAACUUCCGCGCUGCGGCAGCACAUUGUUCCUUCGCAGCUCAAGUGUGCCACGCAGCGGCGCGUGCUUGCCUUUCUUCACCACAAAAAGGAAGGAAGCGAUCAGAGCGGCCGUGCGGGAAAAAGUUCCUCCGCACAACAGCAGAAGCAACCGCCUCCUCGGCCUGCGAAACCGCAGGUGCCGCAGCAGCCCACCCGCAGCUUGCUAGAGGAUGACGCAGAUGUCUCGUUCAGUGCGGAGCAGAAGCUGGCGCCGAACCCUCCGCAGGAGCCGCAGCUGGAGCGCGUGCCGCAGAACAAACGGACGGAGUUUGCCGCUUUUCUUCCAGUUAGUCCGAUUCAUCUUGAAAGCUCGGACGCUGGAGAUUCAGAAGAAGUAAAAGAAGCGUGA